UACGUGGGUUAUAUGUAUAUGUGUGCGCUUUAAGUUGUUGGAAAUUUUAGUGCAUGAAUAUGGGUUUACUUAAUGUUCGAUACCUAGAUAUAUUAGUAGCUUUUGUUUGUUUGUUGAUGAGUUUUAAGUACUAUCUGUAUUUAUGUUUGGUGGUUUGAAUCGUGAUGUUAGUCAAGUUAGUGGUUCCAAGGUUCAUGAUGUGUCUGGUUUUUGUUUCCCAUAUAUAUUCUUGUUGCCAGUGUAUCAAUGGAAAAUUUUUAGUGGGUUUGCCUUUUAUUUAAUUUUUCUCUGGAAUUUUGUUUUAGGAUUCUCAAAGUUCAUAAAGUGAUGAUUAUAUGUUCCAUUUUGUUUGUUUUGAGAAAAGGGUGUUAAUUUAAUGGACAAUAUAACUUCCAAAUGAGGUAUUCUUGAUUUUGAUGGGUUCUCUGCAGUGCUAUUACUUAUUGUCUUUUAUGUUUUCAUAUUUGCUACCCUUUGAUCUGGAAACAGAUUUAGAUUCCUUGAUAACAAUGGCUGGUCAGAGGAAUAGUUACGGAAAGAGAUCUCAUUCUCACUCUGAUUACUCUGAAAAUGGUGGAAAUAAAAGGAGAAAUCCAGGAGAUGAUCGAGAUCAAUUUGUUAUUGAUUCUGAAGAUACUGUAUACCGGUAUCUGUGCCCUGUGAAAAAGAUUGGGAGCGUUAUUGGGAGGGGAGGAGAGAUUGUUAAGCAACUAAGAGCAGACACUAAAUCAAAGAUUAGAAUUGGUGAGACAGUUCCAGGCUGUGAUGAACGUGUUGUUACUAUCUAUAGCCCAAGUGAUGAGACCAAUGCCUUUGAAGGCAAUGGAAAUUUUAUUUCCCCUGCUCAAGAUGCAUUGUUCAAAGUGCAUGACAGGGUUGUGGCAGAAGACUUGCAUGGUGAAGAAGACUCUGAAGGAGGUCGCCAAAUUACUGCAAGACUUCUUGUACCAUCUGAUCAGAUUGGAUGUGUUAUUGGUAAAGGGGGACAGAUAGUUCAGAAUAUUCGUAGUGAAACAGGAGCUCAAAUUCGCAUUCUCAAGGAUGAUCAUUUGCCGUCAUGUGCCUUAAACUCAGAUGAGCUUAUUCAGAUAUCUGGUGAAGCUGCAGUUGUCAAAAAGGCAUUAUAUAAAAUUGCUUCUCGUCUUCAUGAAAAUCCAUCACGAUCCCAACACUUACUUGCAUCUGCAACUGCUUAUCCGUCUGGUUCGCUCAUUGGCCCAACUGGUGGUGCCCCAAUUGUUGGAAUAGCUCCUUUGAUGGGUCCCUAUGGAGGAUAUAAAGGUGAUGCUGGAGAUUGGCCACGCUCUUUAUAUUCGGCUCCAAGAGAUGAUACAUCGUCGAAAGAGUUUUCUCUUCGUUUGAUUUGUCCAAUUGGGAACAUUGGAGGUGUGAUAGGCAGGGGUGGUGCCAUAAUCAAUCAGAUACGGCAGGACUCUGGGGCAGCUAUCAAAGUUGAUAGCUCAACAAGUGAAGGAGAUGAUUGUUUAAUCACCAUUUCAGCAAAGGAGUUCUUUGAGGAUACUUUUUCUCCAACAAUAGAAGCGGCUGUUCGUCUGCAGCCAAAGUGUAGUGAGAGAGUGGAAAGAGAUUCAGGAAUUAUCUCACAUACGACCCGUCUUCUUGUGCCCACUUCGCGAAUUGGCUGCCUUAUUGGCAAAGGAGGAGCAAUUAUAACUGAGAUGCGGAGAGUCACAAAAGCUAAUAUCCGCAUACUUUCGAAGGAAAAUCUUCCCAAGAUUGCCUCUGAUGAUGAUGAGAUGGUACAGAUUUCUGGGGAAAUGGAUGUUGCUAAGGAUGCUCUAGUACAAGUAACAACAAGGUUAAGGGCAAAUCUUUUUGAUAGAGAGGGUGCUGUUUCUACAUUUCUGCCAGUCUUGCCAUAUCUUCCUGUUGCCCCAGAUGCUCCUGAAAGCGUAAGUUAUGAAGGCAGAGAGAGCAAAAGGCUUGGGCGCGGGCAUUCAUAUUCUGGUGGUUAUAACUCCAGUGAUUUGCCUGUUGGUGAUGGCUAUGGAGCUUAUGGUAGUUCGCAGAUUGGUGGAAGUGGCAGUAGCAGUGCUUAUGGAGCUUAUGGAGGUUAUUCCUCGGGAAGGAGUGGUACUUCUGGGUUAUCCAGUCAUAACCCUGUUUCACGGCGCAAAAGCUAUGGUUACUAGAAUUUGUUGAUGGGUAUGCACAGCUGAGAUCUGUGAAGCCUGAAGCCAGCCUACUGCCUUUUGAUGAAGCCUCUGCCUAAACUGGACGACCAGAUGAACCAAGGACUUGACACACUCAUGGCCCACCCUGAUGCUUCUACUUAGAAGAACCAAAUACAUGUGGAGAUCUUGUUAUCACUGUUGAAAUUUGCCAUGUCCAUUGACACCAACUACCAAGUUCUAUCGUAUCAUGUUCCCAAGAACCUUUUUAGCUGCCUAUGUUGUUGCUUUUUCAAUUUAUUUUUCUAGUCCAAAUUUCUUAGGAAACCAAGUUGCCUACCUUAACAUGUAUGAAGAGUGUUGGGCUUUAUUCAUCUGGCCUCUCUAAAAUUGUUUAUCUCGAUAUGGUUGUUUUUUGUGAGUGUUGGUUUGAUUGUUCAACACUGAACCUCUUUCCUCAUAUGAUGAAGCAUUCGUACAUUUCAUAUCGUGUGUAUUGAGCUUUUUUACCAGCAAUGACAAGCAUAGACUGUCCUGAUCUUAACACCUUCUUAGCUGUGAAAUCAAUAUUAGGGCUGAUUUAUGAAGUAGUAAUUAAGGUGGAAGGGUUGUCAAGAUUUGUUAUCAAACAAUCAAAGUAUACUUCAAUUCUGGUUUGUCUGAAUCUUACAAUUGAAGUUUGAGAUUAUUACUUCAAUUUGGGUUUUAGUUUAGUUAUUUCAAAAAAAAAUUGGGUUAGUUUAGAGGCAAUUUAGAAGUGGGUUUUGUGCUAGUUUAAUUACUUGAGUUACCAAUUUAUUUAUGAAAUUUCACUUCUAUGGUUUAGUAUAGUCUAACUGAUUGUUGUAUUAUAGAAGAAAUUAUGUGCUUUAUUUUGCAUUGUUGUUCUUAGACUGUUUGAUUUUGUAAUAAAGGGAGUCAUAAAUGUGCAAAUAUUCUUGAGAUAUUCUUGCUAGUUUGCAUUAGGGAGGUUGUCAUCUGUGUGAAGUAUCUGGGGUUGCAGUAUCAGGAUCUGAAAGGUACGUUGGAACAAAAUGUUAGCUGCAAUGACUAUGGGUGAUUGAAACGUUCUUAAAUGGUAUCUUUUUAUUGAAUUGGAUUUGAAUGUCUAAUGCAACUGUUGGCAGGUGUUAUCUGCUUUGAAUCUGCAGUUUCUGUAAUUAUUUAGCUGUUCGUCUGUAUGCAAGUUUUAUGUGUUAGUUGGUAACAAUAAUCACAAUCAUCUGUUUCUCAAGUUGAUGGGGGAAAGAGUAUUGAAAAGGUAGGGCAGGCAGCAACAGGUUAGAACCAUUUUUAAGUUAGCGAAAACAAACAAUGUUGGACGGGGAGGGUUACCCUCGAUGUGUAGCCCAUAUAUAAUUAUGGAAAAGUAGUGGUAGUAUGUCUUAGAAUAUAUAUGUAUAAUCUUCUCAGAGUUUGUUUGAA